AUGGUCACGACACUGCACGACUUGGGUAUUUCAAUCAAUGAGUGGGAAGAUAACCGCUUGAUGCGGGGGUUCCCAAAUUCCUUGACCAUCACUCAGUCCUUCAAGGCCCGGUUGGUGCCAGACCAAGUCGAAGUUCCGAUACCCUCUGGAUGCCUGUGCCAGCUCAAAGCCAUCGAUGAGUCCUCUGAUGGAGUACCACGGAUGGUCCGACUGGACAUUUUCAAUAAUGCCGAAUACCGGGUGUUUGCGAGUAAACUGGAAGAAUGUGCAGCUCCAGAUUGGUUCGCUGUAUCGCAAAUUCGAUCUGGAAAUGGUCAUCUAUUAAGCUCUCGCUCAUUCGCCCGGUCCAACGCAAAGGACGAGCCUGUGCCUACAGUUCCCACUGACUCUGAUCCACAGGCUACUCAAGUUCGAGUUCUGAAUCGAGCCAUUCACGUGGUACUCAUGGAUGGCAGGUUCUGCAUACUUCGCACGGAAGACGAUCGGAUAGCACCAAUAUGGCGUUCUCAUCUCAAGGGGAUCUCACAGUGGAAGAUUGAGGGCGAAAAACCCUCUGCAGAGCCUGAACCCCCUCAGAACUUCACUUCAUCUCACAAGGAGAAGCAUCGACUGUAUGUUGUCUGUCAUAAAACCUAUGGAAUGGGUCAUCAAGGACACCUCUUCCCACUUGAGGAAGGCGCCAAGGUGUUACUUACAGCGACGUGCAACAGAUUCGGCUAUUUUCGCGAUACUUCGGGCAACAUCUUUGUCCUGACAGAUGACCAAAUAGAGGACUCUCUUCUUGGCAUGCCUGUCUCAGAGCUUCCCCUGCUCGCUGUCCCGCCCGCUGAACUACCUUCAUUGUUCAAACGGUGGCUCGAGCAGGCAACACAUCGCCGCCACAAUGACCGUGUAAGUCCAGGUACGACGAUGAUGUCCGAUGUCGUUGGUACCAACCUCAGCCGCGACCAAAUUGCCAACUUACCCAAGAAUCACGAAGGCUUCCCAUUGCCACCUUCGGGCUUCGUUCCACCACUUGGAGGCUGCGACGUGCUGGCCACUCAGUUCGGGUACUAUGACUUUGCAUCAACGGCAGACCAAGACGCCGCCCAUGCUCUUGGCCUGGAAGCGGCUGGCAGUGUAGUCUGGGCUCUUCACUAUGGCAUAAGUGGAGUAACAGACAUCAGAUUGAUAUGGGUCCCGGGCACUUUGGAAGGGACUCAGGCGCCGUUUGGAGCAUGUAAUGCACAUGUGAUGAUAACCAUCAUCAACUUUAUGCGAUUGUGGCAUUUUGGCAAAGGCUCAGUACCUCCCGACGAGCUGCCAAUUUUCACCGGUCUGGACGAAUUCUGGCACGAGCGUGAGGGUGCUAAUGUGAGUAUGCUACAUAGCCUGCGUAGCGACUACCCACCCGCCAGGCCACUCCUCAGUGAGAUCGACAUCGAGCGCCAGAUGUACGAUCGGCAAGGCUAUCUCUCUCGUGCGCGCCGGCGAGCUACUCCUUUGCGCAAUUUCCGCACAAAUCCAGAGUCCAAGGCAGGCGAUCUGCAGCAAGAAAUCUUACGGGCUUCUGACAGAUCCUGGCAAUUCAGACAACCUCUUGAGCGGCCUCCUAUCGACCCCUCGGCUCCAGAACACGAGAGGACAUCAACCCACCCUUAUUUUCUGCACACAAGUUAUCAUGAGCUGCUGCCCGAUGUGCUCUAUCUCUUCGAGAAGACUCCAGAUCGCAAAGCAGGCGUUGCUUUGCGAAAGAAGGUUUUCAGGAGGGGAAAUGAGUGCAUUGCAGCCCUGGAUCUCAAGUUGCCUCUUCUCAACGCCUACGGCGAAACAAAGUCCACGAUCGUCAGAACGUACGGCGACAAUACGGCUGAGGUACUUCUUAGAGACAUCCCUUUCGCUCCCGCCCGCAUUGCCAGCAACGAGUGGGCCCCACACAUGGGCGCCAUUUAUACGUUGGGCAUUGGUCGAAUUGGCUGGAAAGAAAUGGUCGCACGAAUGCCGUACAUCACACGCACAAACAGUACCUGGUAUACGAACAAUUGGACUGAAGCAUGUCGUCGGUAUCGACUUAUUCCAGACAAGAUUCUCGAGUACAAAGAUAGCCCAAUGCCGCCGCAGUUCAAGGCAAACAACACUUUGCGGGGCAUAGCCCCGGGCGUGGUUGACCCGACAGUUGCCUAUGGCAGGCCUGUUCAAGAUGUGGCAGGCAAUUGGCAUGGCUCAAACAAGGUCGAAUUCGCAAUUGACGACACUGAUGAGAAAUCGCCUGUGGAGAAGUUCGCGAAUGCCGUGGGCGGGAGAUCCGGUCGUGAGAACAGAAUAAAAAAAGCUCGCCAGGAAAGGAUUGCAUGGCAGACGGAAUGGUCGCACAGUACUCCAGAAGAAGCCGACGAAGGUAACGGGGGCGAAGAAAAGGAGCAGCGCUGA